AUGAGUACGAGUCAUUCAAGGCCAAGCUUGUCGACCAACGCUUCGAUCCUAAGCACUUCGCGGACCCCCUGCUUCCUAGGAAAGCUCCUGAUGUCAGGAACAAUCCCAAAUGUUCUAGCCCGGAGGUGGAGAGGAAGUUUGACCAGAUCAUCGCAGAGCACAAGGCAUGACGAUAACCCCAUUGUACAAGCAUUUGUUGAGAAUUCCAUCCAUGGUAUCAAGUUUCGCCGGAACCCUGCGCCACUGAGAUAUCCCUUACCCAAUGAUAGACACAGAUUUGGAUGUAUCUAA